UUUUAAUAGGCACACCACAACAAGCCGACGAGUCCCUGUGCACCACACCUCGGCCGGCAGUUGAGGCAGUUCUGUCCCUGACACCCACCAGCACCAGCCAACCGACCGAACCGACCGACCGCUCGUUUGACCAGCACUCCUUGCACCAUGGCCCACCGCGUCCUGCUCGCGGCUACCUUGCUUCUCUGCAUUAAUUUCGCUUGGGGUUCCCAUGCGAAUGAGGAAGAGCUGAUCAAGUACUUGUACAAAGAUGAUUACACCAAGUUUCUCAGCCCCGCGGGCACCAAAAAUCCAAAUGUUACUGUAAACGGCGUCCCUUACAACGGAACUGGCUCGCCCGUCGUGGUGAACGUGAACUUGUUCGUGCGCUACAUCGGCGAAAUAAACGACGAAAACAAGGACUACAAACUUCAACUGACUCUUCGCCAGUCGUGGACCGACGAACGUCUCAAAUACACUAAACAAAUCGACGGGCAGGAUUACGUGCUGUUGACCGACCCGAGCAAAAUAUGGGUGCCCGAUUUGUUCUUCUCGAACGAGAAGGAAGGCCACGACCACCAACUGAUGACGGCCAACAAUUUGAUCCGUAUCGGCCCCGACGGUAGCGUCAUGUACAGCACACGGGUUUCCCUGAAGCUAUCUUGUCCCAUGGAUUUCACCAACUUCCCGAUGGAUAAACAGACCUGCUCCGUCCGCAUGGCCAGCUACGCACACACAACCAAGGACCUGAUCUUUGUUUGGAAGAGCGAAAAGCCGGUGGAGCUUCCGCAAAACGUGGACCCGAGCCCGUACUUGCUGCAGGGCAUCGGCACCGACUACUGCUUCUCCAAAACCAACACCGGCGAGUACAGCUGCAUCAAGGCGGAGUUCCUGCUCAAGCGCGAAAUCUUCAACUACCUGAUGCACGCUUAUCUGCCCCUCGGUCUCUUGGUGCUCGUUUCCUGGAUCAUCUUCUGGCUGGACGAGCGCGCCACCGGGGUCAGGGUCAUCGUGGCCGUCGUCACCUUCAUCGCGACCAUCUUCGAGGGCUCCAGGGUGGCCAGUCUGGCCCCGCACGCGUCCGACACCAAGGGCAUCGACGCCUGGGUCAACUGGACGCUCUUCUUCGUCUUCUUCGCCCUCGUCGAACAGGUGGUAGUGAUUUUGAUUGGCACCAACGCUAUUUCCACUCGCAAGCUGGCAGCUGAAGAUGAAGAAGGAGGCGUUGCAUUGCCCCUGAUGGAGAACGGCGAGAAGUCUGCGGACGCCGGCGAGGUGCGAGAGGCGGCCGCCGCCACCACGGAGCCGCCGCAGAAUCUCGUCUCCAAGUGGCUUUCCCGCUACAAGACCGUUGCGCGCCGCAUCGACAUCGUCGCCCGCAUCCUCUUCCCGGUGGUCUUUCUGCUCUUCAACCUGACCUACUGGUCCUCCUACGCCGACUACGAGGGCAUCGACACCCUCUCCACCUACACCAAGAUCGCCUACAACUAAUCAAACAAAUUCUAUAUAAAAAUUAUUCCCUCGCAUGCUCCUUCUUUUAUAAACCAUUUUUGUGUUCCUUCGUAAAUUUCGCUUGCUGUUAUUUUGAAUCUUUGUGUGCAAGUAUGGCGACUUUUAACAUUCAUCCAAAGUGCUGACAAUAAAGAGUAUUAUCAUGUAUGA